AUGCGAAUUUGGGAGAGCCCGGUUAUGCUUGCGUGUAACACGGCCUCGAAGAAAAAUCCAGCUUCUUGCAUUUUUCUCACCAUCAUCAUCUUUAUCACCGUGUUAUGUCCGGUGGUAACGUCUCAAAUGGUUGUGCCAAAUUCAGACGCAGAUUGUCUCUUGAGAUUCAAAGACACAUUAGCAAACGCCUCGGUGUUUAACAGUUGGGAGCCAUCAACCUCACCAUGUCUAGGAAACGACGCGAAUUGGUUUGGUGUUCUUUGUAGCAACUACGUUUGGGGGUUACAACUCGAGGGAAUGGGCUUAACCGGGAGACUAAACCUCGAACCAUUGGCUCCCAUGAAGAAUUUACGAACCCUAAGCUUCAUGAACAACGACUUCAACGGCCCAAUGCCUCAGGUUAACAGGCUUACCUCUUUGAAAUCUUUAUAUCUGUCUAACAACCGGUUCUCGGGGGAGAUACCCGCGAAUGUGUUUCAAGAUAUGCCCGUUUUGAAGAAGAUCUUGCUUGCAAACAACGCGUUUCGUGGAACAAUUCCUUCUUCUGUUGCUUCUUUGCCAAUGCUUAUAGAGGUGAGGCUUAAUGGUAACCAGUUUCAAGGGCAGAUACCAUAUUUUAAACAGAAGGAUCUUAAACUAGCUAGCUUUGAAAACAAUGACCUCGAUGGACCCAUACCUGAAAGCCUCCGAAACAUGGAUCCUGGCUCUUUUGCUGGUAACAAAGGUUUAUGUGAUCCUCCAUUGAGUCCAUGUUCUGUUAAAACCUCUCCUUUAAGCCCUAAUGAUCCGAGAUCUCCUCCUAGUCCUCCUCCCACGGGGAACAAGACCGGGUCAUUUAACACUUUAGCGAUCAUUUUGAUCGUUAUUGGCAUAAUACUAGUGAUCAUCGCGUUAGUGAUCUGUUUCAUUCAGUCAAGAAGACGAAACUGCUUGUCAGAUUAUCCUUCCGCGGGCAAGGAAAGGGUAGAGAGCUACACUUAUCAUCACCAGCCCGUGAAAAGGAACACAAGACCAGCUGAAUCUGUUGUGAAUCACAAAAGGAGAGGAUCCAUGCCUGAUCCAGCAGGCAGGCUUCUGUUUGUGCGGGACGACAUUGAAAGAUUCGGUCUUCAAGAUCUUCUGAGAGCUUCAGCUGAGGUUCUUGGCAGCGGAACGUUUGGUGCUUCAUACAAAGCAGCGAUAUCUAGUGGACAGACAUUGGUCGUGAAGAGGUAUAAACAUAUGAACAAUGUGGGAAGAGAUGAGUUUCAUGAGCAUAUGAGACGGUUAGGGAGGUUAAACCAUCCCAAUCUGUUGCCUCUCGUCGCUUACUAUUACCGGAGAGAAGAGAAGCUUUUGGUUACUCAGUUUAUGUCUCAAAGUAGCUUGGCAAGCCAUCUUCAUGCGAAUCGUUCUCUGGAUCAGCCUGGGUUGGAUUGGAUUACACGUCUGAAGAUCAUAAAAGGAGUAGCAAAGGGUUUAGGUUACUUGUUCGACGAGUUACCGACGCUAACGAUCCCUCACGGUCAUCUAAAGUCAUCGAACGUGGUUUUAGACGAAUCAUUCGAGCCAUUGUUGACAGAUUAUGCUCUAAGACCGGUGAUGAGCUCAGAGCACGCACAUAACUUCAUGACUACAUACAAAUCGCCAGAGUAUAGGCCCGCGAAAGGACAAGUCAUAACGAAGAAGACAGAUGUUUGGUGUCUUGGUGUGUUGAUUUUGGAGCUUUUGACAGGGAGAUUCCCAGAGAAUUACUUGACACAAGGGUAUGAUCCGAACAUGAGUCUUGUGACUUGGGUUAAUGAUAUGGUCAAGGAGAAGAAAACAGGUGACGUGUUCGACAAGGAAAUGAAAGGGAAGAAAAAUUGUAAAGCGGAGAUGAUUAAUUUGUUGAAAAUUGGGUUGAGAUGCUGCGAAGAGGAAGAAGAGAGGAGGAUAGAGAUGAGUGAAGCAUUGGAGAUGAUUGAGACGUUGAGAGAAGGAGAGUUUGAUGAUGACUUGGGUUCAAUGGAUCGAGGAAGUAAUAAUUUAUAUUCUUCCAUGUUGUUGGACGAUGAUGACUUUGGUUUCUCGAUGAAUCGAUGA